GGAGCAGCCAUGUCGAGGUCUUUUUACGUCGAUUCUUUAAUCAUCAAGGACACGGUGCGACCUGGACCGCCCGAGCAUCCAGGACAAGACUUCCUCCUCCCCAUCAGCAUGCACUCUCCCGGCAUGAUGACGGUCAGUGCUCCGGUGUGCCCGUCCAGGAAGAACGGGACAUUCUGUGUUUGUCCGCUUUGCGUCACGUCCCACAUCCACCACUCGUCCCGCAGCGGCAUCCCCAUGCUGAAGAGUCAGUUUCCAGGAGCAGAGGCGCAGUACUGUCAGAGGAUAGCGCACCCUGGACAUACACCUGUCUGCACGCCCACCUUCAGCGUCACAGACCCCAGGAGAUACCACUGUCUGUCUAUUGGCGCCUCAGAGAGCAGCCACAUACAGAACGGAAAGAGGAUGCGCACAGCUUUCACGAGCACGCAGCUCCUGGAACUUGAAAGGGAGUUUUCCACGAACAUGUAUCUGUCCAGACUCAGAAGAAUCGAAAUCGCCACGUAUUUAAACCUGUCAGAGAAACAAGUGAAGAUCUGGUUUCAGAACCGCAGAGUGAAGCACAAGAAGGAGGGCAAAGCCACGCAGAGAAGCGCGCACAGCGGGUGCAAGUGCACGACCGCGCACACGGACUAUUCACGCUCAGAGGAUGAGGAGUCUCUAUCUCCGGCCUCCACCACAGAGGAGAAGGAGGUGUCACCCAUCUGAGAGAGACGAGUCUCAAG